AUGGGCAAAAGAAAGGGCAAUAAAAACGGUAAUCAGAAUGGCAAGCGCGAAAAUAGAGGUUACUGGAAGGAGAUAGAGCGUAAGAAUGAUCAAUGGGAGAGAUAUUAUAAGGCCCAGGGUCUGAUCCCAGAGGAAGAGUUUGAACAGUUCAAAACGACCUGCCAGCAAGAUCUCCCGCUCACCUUCAGAAUCACAGGUUUCAAAAAACAUGCGAACGAGAUUUCCGAGCUAUUCACCACUAGACAUAUGCCAAAUCUGACCAACGCAGAUGACGAAAACUCCAAGCCCCCAUUUCCGUUCCCUUGGUACCCUGGAAAGUUGGGCUUUCAAAUAGAUUUGCCCAAAUCUGUGGUGAAAAAAAACCCAUUGUACGCAUCAACUCAGAGAUUUCUUGUGGUGGAGACAGAGGUUGGUAACAUCUCCAGACAGGAGGCCGUCUCGAUGAUUCCUCCUCUGUUUUUGGAUGUGCAACCUCACCAUUACGUGUUGGACAUGUGUGCGGCUCCUGGUUCCAAGACAGCUCAACUAAUUGAAGGUCUACAUAGCGAGGGAGUUCACGUGCCUGGGCUCAUCGUUGCAAAUGAUUCGGAUUACAAACGGUCUCACAUGCUUGUUCAUCAAGUGAAGCGUCUCAAUUCCCCAAAUCUGGUGGUUGUCAACCAUGAUGCCCAACUAUUCCCUAAAAUGAAGCUGACUCCGGAAGGCGACUAUGUCAAAUUUGACAGAAUACUGUGUGAUGUCCCUUGUACUGGAGAUGGUACCAUGAGAAAGAAUUUGACUGUUUGGAAAGAUUGGAGAAUAGGAAAUGCCUUAGGACUGCACUCACUGCAACUCAAUAUUUUGAUGAGAGGACUGCAGCUUCUCAAAAAGGGGGGCAGACUUGUUUAUUCUACCUGCUCCUUAAGUCCUAUCGAGAACGAGGCCGUUGUUUCCGCUGCUUUGCGCAAAUGGGGCGGUAAAGUGAAAGUCGUCAAUUGUGAUAACAUGCUGAUAGGGCUCAAAAGACGUCCGGGGGUGUCAGACUGGAAAGUAUUUGGUAAGGAUUGGGAAGAGAAAAAUAAAGAAGACAACAAUGAAAGUCUUCCAAACAGCGUAUUUCCUCCAUCUGCUGAGGAGGUGAAGGAGUUUAAUUUACAGAGCUGUAUGAGAGUGUACCCACAUGAUCAGAACACUGGAGGCUUCUUCAUUACUGUCUUAGAGAAAGUGAACCCAGAUGAGGAUAAGAGAGACGGCGAUGAAGAGCCUGCUGCGAAGAAACCUAAAUUGGAGAGCAGCAACGAGGGCGAGAAAAAGAUUGAGCCUGUGAAGAAAGAAAGACUACCGAGGGACGCCAACGAAGAGCCAUUUGUGUUCUUGGAUAAGGACAAUGAAGAGCUUAAAAAAUGCUGGGACUUCUAUGAAGUGAAGGACACUUUCCCGAAGGACAGCAUGCUGGUCAGAAACGGCACUGGUGAGCCACUUAGAUCCAUGUAUUUUGCCUCUCCAAUAGUGAAGAACGUCAUUCAAACGAACGAAGCCAAGCUGAAGUUAAUUUAUGCAGGAGUCAAAGUGUUUGUUUCGCAAAGAGCAGAAUACUCGCAACAAGCAUGUCCCUGGAGAGUCCAAUACGAGGCCAUGCCUAUUUUGAAGGAUCAUUUGGGAAGCAGCAGAACUUUUGAGAUCAAUCUAGACCUUUUGAGGAUUCUUUUAAGCGAGACGUUCCCUAACGUGAAUAAGAUCAGAGAGGACAAGGUGGAUCCUGAAUUUAUCGAGAAGAUUACCGACUUUCCUGAAGGAUGCUUUUUCGUGAGAGUGAAAAGAGGAGAGGACAAAGAGGAUAUGUAUUUGCCUCUCUGGAAAGGACGCUCCAAUUUCAACUUGAUGGUCAACAAACACGAGACCCACGAGCUACUGUAUAGAUUAUUCGGCGUUGAAAAUUAA